CCUCACCCUCACCACCAAAGUGAUCUAAAAUUCGGUUCUGCGCAGUCAAGGUCAUUUGCUCACGAAGUUUGCCGGGUACUAUACACUACAUUAGUGACAAAAUAAAGCUCUUUAAUUAUAAGUAUGAAAUAUAAACAUUACUUGUUAGUACGCUAUGUUGAAUUUUACGUAUCAACAAAGAUCUUUUAUGGAUGUGAUUUGUGCUCGUAGAUUGUGUAGAAAAUCAGUAUAUGUUUGAUGUGAAUUUAGAAAUAUCUCUGAAUUAUUAUUUAGUGUAACAAUAAAUUAAUUAGGUUAAGGUAUAAUUAUAAUUUGUUUCUUAAGUGCUAACUCUA